AUGAUCAACUACAUUCUGCUCGUAUCGCGGCAAGGCAAGGUCCGACUGGCAAAGUGGUUCACGACGCUGCCGCCCAAAUCCAAGGCGAAGAUCGUGAAGGAUGUUACACAGCUGGUGCUCGCGCGGAGAACGAGGAUGUGCAACUUCUUGGAAUACAAAGAUACCAAAGUGGUGUACAGACGGUAUGCAUCGCUGUUCUUCGUGACGGGAAUCAGCUCUGGGGACAACGAAUUGGUGACGCUGGAGAUAAUCCACCGAUAUGUGGAGGUGUUGGAUCGAUAUUUUGGCAAUGUCUGUGAACUUGAUCUUAUCUUCAACUUCCAAAAGGCAUAUGCGAUCCUCGAUGAGCUAAUUAUUGCUGGAGAGCUGCAAGAAUCGUCGAAGAAAUCUGUGCUCCGUGUGGUGACGCAAUCGGACAGCGUUGAAGAACAGGAGAAUGCAGAGGACACGAUUGCACGACUUGGGUCACGGAUUGGCCCGGCAAUGUAGCUGGUUGUAGCUGAGGCGGGGUCAAGGGCAAUAUUGAUCGGGGAAACAAGACUAGUUUUUAGAUGAAAGUAUGUAGAAGAAAACCGGAGCCAUUCGGCCGAGCGGGGCAGUGUUUCUUGGCAUCGAGUUCGGGUAUGGUUGUAGACGGAUGGGACGAGGCGGGUUGUGAAGGGAGCUUGGUCUAAUUUGAUAUUGUGGGGGCAGGGCG